AUGCGGCCAUUUGUUCAAUCACUCCAUGGCCGAGACCUCCGAUUGCUAGAUAGCAUCAUUCGCCCCCGGCCGCUCCUCAUAUCCCACAAUCCCCCUCGAGAGACCAAAAAGCCCACCGUCAAGCCAUGGCUCCUGGCCCAAGGUCAAUGGAGGGGAGCAAAAUCGGUGUCAGGGAAGAAGGUGAAAGAACUACAACAAGGCACGAUCCAGGCUGAACCCCUUCCCGAUCUACCUGCCGACGAUGAGCCCCAGUAUCCGACCGUGCUCAAGGGUGCCAAAUCCAACAUGGCCAAAUUCGACAACUGCGUCCUACUCACCCGUGUCGGCAAUUUCUACGAAUUGUACUUCGAACAGGCGGAAGAAUAUGGGCCGCUCCUCAAUCUCAAGGUCGGCCACAAGCAGACCAAGCUCGGUCCCGUUGCGAUGGCGGGAUUCCCCUUUUUUCAGCUGGACAGAUUCUUGAAAAUGCUCGUACAAGACCUCAACAAAUAUGUUGCCAUAUGCGAAGAAUUCUUGGUCCAGGCCUCGGGCAAGGUCAAAUCAGGAGGUCUCAAACACGACCGUCGGGUGACAAGAGUGAUUACCCCGGGCACGUUGAUUGAUGAGAAGUUCCUAGACCCAUACGAAUACAACUUUUUGCUAUCUAUUGAUCCGGAACCUAUCGUGACCGACCAAAGCAGUGUUAGCACCUCCGGAGGGUCAGCACCCGAGCCUGAGCAGAAGAUCGGUCUUGCUUGGUUGGAUCUAUCCACUGGUGACUUCUAUACGCAGAUCACCGGCCGCGGCUCGUUGUCUUCGGCGUUGACCAGAAUUGAUCCCCGGGAGAUUGUUCUGCCUUCUGACGUUUCUGAAGAAAUUCGCAACGAGGUACAGAACAUUGUUGGCCAUGAUCAUCGACUCCUUACAUUGCACAAGACAGAAGGUGAAUUUGUAUCCAUGACAGAGUGGAACGAGAUGCUCGAGUCCCCUGUGGCUGAACAUUCAGACGGAGUAUUCAGCACAGCAGAAAAAUAUGCUGGUCACCGACUCUUGGACUACGUCCGCAACCGGCUGCAGGGGUUACAGCUUCGUCUGCAGCCUCCACGUCAAAGGGAACUCCAAGCAAUUCUGAACAUUGAUCGUAACAGUCUUAGGGGCUUGGAGAUUUUGGAGACUGCACGAGACGGCCUUGGGAAGGGCAGCUUGUUUCAUGCUGUCAAGAGGACCUCAACUAAAAGCGGUGCUCGCCUUCUUCGAGACCGUCUUACAUCACCAUCAGCUUCCCUGAGCGAAAUCAAUGACCGACUUGACCUGGUGUCAGUAUUUGUUGAAAAUGAGGAAUUCACGGAGUCUUUGAUCUUCCGUCUUCGACGGACAUUCGAUGUCCAACGUAUCGUUCAAAAAUUUGCUCUAAACAAAGGAGAUGCUGACGACAUGCUGUCGCUGGCGAGCGCCAUCGCUGAGACUGUUGCAACGAAUGAUCUUUUGCAGUCACUGGAACAAGAUUUGAAGACCGCUGAGAACCAUGAGUUGGAUCAAGCAAAUGUGAUAGUUCCGCUCCAAAAGCUGUUACGGCGUUUUGAACUGCAAGGCCCGGCCGAGCUUCAGGCUCUGAUUUCCUCGGCCAUUGAUGAGCAGGGUCUCAUGCAGAAACACCGGCUUGAAGAAGACGAAGCGGCAAGUGUGGCAGCCAUGGCACAUGAUGUCGUCCUGCAAAGCGCUCCAGAAGAAUUGGAGUUGUUGCCCAAAGCUGUGAGAACAAGGACCAAGUUGGAAGACCCGAAGAAGGACGAGAUUGAACUCGAGGAGCCAUGGAUAAUGCGGCGCAAUGCUAGCGAGGCGCUUCUACGGCUACAUGAAGACCUAGACUCACUGCAAACAGAAAAGGUCAAUCUGGCGAACAGACUGCGAGAGGAACUAUCUGCGCCGACUUUGAUUCUCAAAUCCACACCGGGCCUAGGCCACAUCUGCCAUAUUCGCAGCGCCACAGGCUUCAAUCGAGAAAAGUUGGAAUCGCUCGAUGCAAGGAUGGUCUCGUCUUCGAAAAGUACUCGCUCCUUCUAUCUGAGUGACUGGACACGGCUGGGCCGACGGGUUGAUCAAGUGGUUCUCAACAUCCGGGAGGAAGAAAAAAGAAUCUUUGCAACGCUGAGGGAGCUUGUCAUCAAGAACUUAGUGACAUUGAGGCGCAAUGCGGCAGUCAUGGAUGAAUUAGAUGUCGCAAGCGGUUUUGCUGUCCUUGCGAGGGAGCAAUCAUGGGUUCGACCCAUCCUAAACAACGGUAUGGAGCACAAGAUCAUCGGGGGCCGGCACCCUACAGUCAAAGUAGGAUUGGAAGAGCAAGGCAGAUCCUUUGUCAGCAACAAUCUCCUCCUUGACCACAACGAGCGAAUAUGGCUUGUAACCGGGCCCAACAUGGGUGGAAAGAGUACAUUUCUCCGGCAGAAUGCUCUGCUUACGAUACUUGCUCAGGCCGGGUCGUACGUCCCGGCUGUCCACGCUGAAAUUGGGCUCGUGGACCAGAUCUUCAGUCGAAUAGGGGCUGCAGAUGACUUGUUUCGAGAUCAGUCUACUUUCAUGGUCGAGAUGCUGGAGACAGCAGCCAUUCUCAAACAUGCCACUCCCAAGUCGUUUGUGAUCAUGGACGAGGUAGGGCGGGGCACGACUCCUGAAGAUGGCACAGCGGUUGGAUAUGCGAGUCUGUAUCACCUUUAUCACGUUAACAAAUGCCGGACGCUUUUCGCAACCCAUUUCCACGCACUAGCAGACAUGACGCGGAACUGGUCAAAACUGGGUUGUUAUUGCACUGAUGUGCUCGAGCACGAAGAUGGCUCAUUCAUGUUCCUGCAUCGAUUGAAACAGGGCAUCAACAGACACUCCCACGCACUGAAGGUGGCCAAACUGGCCGGACUGCCUCCAGCAGCUCUCAAAGUUGCAGAAGAAGUCUUGUUACAGAUUACGGCGGAGAAGACUAAGGUACAGGGACAACCUCGUCCGCCAGAGGCAGCAUUCGAAGGGGGAAAGACAUUGAUGGCUGCAACUGGGUGA